CUUCCAGGAUGUUUCGAUUUCCUCACAACACCCUGAAUUGUCUACCAGCAGUGACAGCUUAACAGAGAAUAAACCAUCAAAGGAUAAAUCAGGAAUAUUUGGUGGAAUACUGAAGCGAUCGCCCCGACCAGGACACACCCACAGGCCGUCUCAGGAUCUCCUGGACUUUUCAGCUGAUGAUGAAAACACCAACACGAAGGAGGCAGCAGGGAAGGUGAAAAAGUCUCCUAAAUUCAAUGGGAUGAGAGCAGCGUCCAAGGAAGAUUUGUCUGGACAAAGUGAGCUCUCAAAAAGCAACAACAGUCUUUCCAAGACAAAAGAGUCAAGUGGGUUUGGUGCCAUCUUUAAAAACCCUUUUGGAGCAAGAGCGCCAUCUCAGGAGGAUCUAAGAGCAGCCAGUGAGGUUUCUGAAAGCAGUGAGAAUCUGUCUGAAAAUCACACAAAGGAAAAAGGAUUCUUUGGUGGCAUGUUCAAGAAAAAAGUCGCAAGGUCUCAGUCUCAGGAUGAUUUGUCUGUGGAUGAAGAACUAUCAGCCAGCAAUGAUAAUCUCUCAGAGAAACCUUCAAAGGGUGGAGUGGCGGCGAAGAUCCUGAAGAAUCCCUUCACCUCGUCGGCUCAGGAAAAGAAAAAAUCUGAAAACGUUGGAGAUCCAGAUGAAACCAGCUCUGCUGCACCGAAACCUAAAACUAAAAAAAGUGGCUUCAGUGCGAUGAUUAAGAGCACCUUCUACAGUGAGAAACAGGAGAAAAGCUCAGAGGCUGAUGAUGAGGAAACAGCAGAAGGAGAUGGAGACAGUCAGCACAGCCACAAACAGAGUAAGCUGGUUGGGGCCAUGACGAAGCUGAAUCCAUUCAGAGCUGCUGCACAAAAGGAGAAACAGACAGGAUCCGACGAUGAAGAGCAAACUGUGAGCAGCGAGAAGUCAUCAACUCACAAACAGAGCUCCAUGGUUGAAGCCAUGAACAAACUGAAUCCGUUCCGCUCUGCAGCUAAAAAGGACACUGGGGACAUGGAGACCUCUGCAGAGAACGGGAAGCAGUCGGAAAACAAGGCGGAUCUGGUCAAGAGUAAUUUGAUCCAGACAGAAAGGAAGGAAAAGGGUGAAAAUCCUCCAGUCCUGCGCAGACAAAGAGCAGAGGCGAUGAGGACGACGUCCAUGCAUGAGAUGGAAAAACCAAAACCAGAGGAGAAGAAGGAAAAACUCCCUAGAGAGAAGAAGGGAAAAUCUUCAGACCCUCCCGUUCUCCCACCCAGACCGUCAGAGGAGGAAAUGAGCAAAACUGUCAGACAUCGCAAGAAAGACAAGCAAGAGCAGAGCCAAUCAGGAGAUGAAGCCAAUGGAGAAGAAUCAAAUGGGACCAAAGACAAACCAGCCAAGGUAAAAAAACAGAAGAAUCAUCAUAGACUCAUACCACAAAUUGGAUUCAAGGCUGGGUCUGAUGAUGAAGGGCUGAAAGAUGAAGAGUCUUUACCCAAAGAGGAAGAUAAAGAUGAGGACAAAGAGAAACCAGAAAAGUCGAAAGUGAAAAAGCCAAAGAAACCCAAUCCUUUCAUGCCCCGGGUCAAGGCUGCAUCUGACGAUGAAGGGCUCAAAGAUGAAGAAGAGGAAAUUAAAGAAGUUGAGGAAGAGAAACCAGAAAAGCCCAAAGUCAAGAAGACAAAGCAACAGAAUCCCUUCCUGUCUCGGUUUAAGGGUGCGUCUGAUGAUGAAGGGCUGAAGGAUGAAGAUGAGUCAUCGUCUACAGAGGAAACUAAAGACAAUGACAAGGAAAAACUAGAAAUGCCCAAAGUCAGGAAGCAGAAACACAAUCCUUUCAUGCCUCGGCCUAAGGCUGCAUCUGAUGAUGAGGGACUAAAAGACGAAGAAGAGUCUUCAAUUAAAGAGGAAAUUAAAGAAGAUGGGGACACGGAGAAUAUGGACAAGCCCAAAGUCAAGAAACCAAAGAAGCACAAUCCUUUCAUGCCUCGGAUCAAGGCCAAAGUCAUUCAGAAGAACAGACCAGACGGAGCUGCAGCAGAGAAUGAAGAACCCCAAAGGUCUUUAUUUGACCGGCUGGAGGAUUUACGUAUGGAGCCCUCAGGUCCAGAAGACGGCCAGGAUGUGGAGGAUCUCAUGGACUGGUGGAACACUGUUGAACCAUGGGAGGACACGCCUCAAGAUGACGACAUGACAGAAAAGGAAGAGGCCAAGGCCUUCGCUGUAACUGCAGAUAAGGUCCAGAAGGGAAUCCGAGUUUUCAACAAGCUGUUCUCCGAGCGAGCCGAGAGCCUCUGGCAGCACGUCAUCGACCUCAACGCCAUCGCCGACGGCCUGGACAAAUUCAACAAGAAGACAAAGAUCGCUCAGAUCACCGGCGGCUCCACCAGCGCCAUCGGGGGCGUCGCCACCAUCACCGGCCUCGCCCUGGCUCCGGUCACCAUGGGAACCUCCCUGAUCAUCACAGCCGUCGGUUUAGGUGUCGCCACGGCUGGUGGGUUAACUUCGGCCGGCGCCGGCAUCUCCAACCAGGUCAACAACUCUUUGGACCGCAAGAAGGUGGAGAAGAUCGUCGAGGACUACCAGGAGAAGAUCGCCGACCUCAAUAAGUGCCUGAAGUUUAUCAAGCAGGGAAUAGAGAACCUGCGCAAGUUCGACCUGAUCAAGAUGAAGAAAAGCGCGUACAACCAGGACUUCCCCGCGCUCACAAGUCAGUUCUACGAGGACGGCGCCAUGGCGGGGAAGGCCAUCCUCAUCAACGCCAACGAGAUCAUGCGUGUGGUGCAGAUUGCCAACGUGGCAGGCAGCACGGCCGCCAGGGCGGUCCAGAUCGCCAGCAUGGCCACAGGCGUCCUCACGGGGCUCUUUGUCGGUAUGGACAUCUACUUUGUAGCUAAAGACUCUAAGGAGCUGAAGAAAGGGGCAAAAUCAGAGUUUGCAGCCAAAAUCAGGGAGGUGGCCACACAGCUGCACGACGGGCUGGUGGAGCUGAACACCAUCCGGGAGGAGCUGCACAGCACCACACCAGAAGGCAUCGCAGACGGCAAAGAGGGCGAGAGCGAAAAGAAAGAGACAAGUGAGAAACAUGAAGAGAGUUCAGAUGAGGAUGAGAUCGACCGGAUUAAAAAAGCUAUAAAAAAGGACCUUGAGAGCCGGGAAUAUGUCUGACUCCAGCAGGCUAUUAUGGGGUGCCGCUUGCAAAUGUUACAGUAAGAAAUUAACAAUAUUUUUGGUUUAUUGAGCCUAUCAUAGAGGAAAAAAAUCAGGGAUUCAUUUUUCAAAGUCAUAUUUUGACAAUUUUAUUCUACAUUUAAAUAAUAUAGUUACAAACUAAAUAUUGAAUUGGGCUAAAUUCUUAGUUUACAGAUUAAAUGCUAAUUAAAUACUUAGAUAUGCAAACUGACAAAAUAUUUAGCUAGCUACUUAAAUAUUUAGUUAGCACACUAGCCUGAUCUGCUAACUAAAUAUUCAGGUUGCUAGCUAAGUAUUUUAGCUAGCAGGCAGGCUGAAUGUUUGCUAGCCUGCUAAAUAUUUAGGUAAAUACUUAGCUAGCAAGAUAAAUAUUUUGUUAGCUGGUCAGGCUAGUGUGCUAGCUAGAUAUUUAGCUAGAAAGCUAAAUACUUAGUUUUGAAAUAUCUUGCUACCUAAAUAUUUAGUUGGUACAGCAGCCUGGUUUCUAAAAGAAUAUUUAGCUUGCUGACUAAAUAUUUUGGUCCAAGCUAAAUAUUUAGUUUGAAAAAUAAAUAUAUAGUUUGGAAAAUAAAAAUUUAAUUUGGAUCUAA